AUGGCCCUCCAGGAAUACAAGUUGAAGGACCUCACCUCCAUCGACCUGAAAAACGGGCAGAAGCAGGAAGUCGAGGUUGAAGGCAUUGAGAAGGGCAAGGUUUUGCUACUCAAGGUCAACGAUGAGAUUCAUGCCACGAGCUCUAACUGCACGCACUACGGUGCGCCGCUGGUAAAAGGCGUCGUGACUGGCGACGGCAGACUCACUUGCCCUUGGCACGGAGCCUGCUUCAGCGUCGCAACCGGCGAUGUCGAAGAUGCACCGGCUCUGGACCCGCUUGCCAAGUUCGAGGUCAUCCAAAAAGACGGUGCCGUUUACAUCAAGGGAGAUGAGGAGACAAUCAAGGCUAGCCGGAGAAAGCUGGAUUUCAGCUGCAAAGUCAAGACCGAUGAGAAGGUGCUGGUCAUUGGCGGUGGUUCCGGCACGAUAGGUGCCAUUGAGGGUCUGCGUGGCGGCGGCUACAAGGGACACAUCACCGUCAUCUCCCGUGAAGGCUACAAGCCGAUUGAUCGGACGAAGCUGUCCAAGGCUCUCAUGGCAGAUGUCUCAAAGGUCGCUUGGAGGCCUGACGGCUUCUACGAGGCUGCUUCUAUUGACAUUGUUUCCGACGAGGCCUCUAGCAUAGACUUCUCAGCCAAGAAGGUUACGACUAGCUCUGGUAAGACUUAUGACUAUAGCAAACUGGUCCUGGCCUCCGGUGGUACGCCGAGGUGGCUGCCGAUUGAGGGAUUGAAGGGUGACUUGGGCAACGUCUUUGUCCUGCGCGCCAUUCCCCACAGCAAAGGCAUUGUUGAUGCAGUUGGUGACAAUGGUAAGAAGAUUGUCGUCAUCGGCAGCUCUUUCAUCGGUAUGGAAGUCGCCAACUGUCUGGCCAGCAAGAAGAACGACGUCACCGUGGUCGGUAUGGAAAAGGCUCCUAUGGACCGCAUCAUGGGCGAAAAGGUUGGCAACAUCUUCCGCGGUCUACUCGAAAAGAAUGGUGUCAAGUUUAGGAUGGAAGCCUCGGUUGAAAAGGCUACGCCUUCCAAGAGCGAUCCCUCGAAGGUUGGAGCUGUCCACCUGAAGGACGGAACUGUGUUGGAAGCCGACCUGGUCAUCGAGGGUGUUGGCGUCAGGCCCUCGACUGAUUACCUGAAGGAGAACUCGGCCAUCCAACUGGAAAAGGACGACUCUAUCAGCACGAAUGAGAAAUUCGAGGUCAAGGGCCUGAAGGAUGUUUUUGCUAUCGGCGACAUUGCAACCUACCCGUACCACGGCCCUGGCGGCAAUGGCUCACCCAUCCGGAUCGAGCACUGGAACGUAGCGCAGAACGCCGGCCGUUCCGUCGCCAACACCAUCCGCAACCCGUCGGCACCUCCCAAGCCCUUCAUCCCGGUGUUUUGGUCCGCGUUGGGUAGCCAGCUGCGGUACUGUGGCAACACGGUUGGUGGCUAUGACGACGUGGUGCUGAAGGGCGAGCUGGAAAAGCCGAGCUUCGUGGCGUACUACACGCAAGGCGAGCAGGUUGUGGCCGUGGCCAGUAUGAUGAAGGAUCCGUACAUGACGCAGAGCGCCGAGCUGAUGCGGCGCGGCAAGAUGCCUUCCAAGAGUGAGCUGCAGAAAGGCGUCGAUAUUCUGGAAAUUAGCGUACCGGCGGAGAUCAAGAUCUAA